AUGAUCACCACUUCACCAACCUUUGUGUCGUCCAGCCGCUUUGACGACAUGCUUCGCCGCCAACAGGAGUCGAUGGAUCUGCACUCGUCGCUUAUGUUCCGGCCUCCUGCUUCCAAUUUCAUCCAACUUAACAACAAUAGCUCCAGCAAUGUGAGUGAUAUCAGUCAGCAUCUGGGUAACCUGGUGCUCAAUCUGAGUGUUCCGGUGGGUAACUCCCCGUACCAGCAGCCGGCACAGUUGUCGCCCCAGUCGUCGUUUGCCCGCCAACCGGCAGCUGUAUCCAAACUUUCUCACGAUAAGGCCUCGGCCAUCAAGCUUAAACUCGAAAACUACUACCAGAUGGCGAUUUCGCACGCUAUUGAGCGUAACCAGCGUCGUCUCGACCUUGAACAUAAACUCCUGUCCCAGGAAACCGGGUCUAGUGAAGAGCGGAAAAAUAGACAAUUGCAUAGCUUGGGCCGGAAAGAGUCGCAGUUCUUACGGUUACGUCGAACCAAGUUGUCGCUCGAGGACUUCACCACUGUCAAAGUCAUUGGCAAAGGAGCUUUCGGUGAAGUCCGGCUUGUACAAAAGCGAGACACCGGGAAGAUAUAUGCCAUGAAGACAUUGUUGAAGCUGGAAAUGUACAAAAAGGACCAACUUGCACAUGUCAAGGCCGAAAGAGACGUUUUGGCAGGACUGGACUCGCCGUGGGUGGUGUCAUUGUACUACUCAUUCCAGGACUCCCAGUAUUUGUACCUCAUCAUGGAGUUUUUGCCGGGGGGAGACUUGAUGACCAUGUUGAUCCGGUGGCAAGUGUUUACAGAGGACAUCACUCGGUUCUACAUGGCCGAGUGUGUGUUGGCCAUCGAAGCCAUCCACAAACUUGGUUUUAUCCAUAGAGAUAUCAAGCCCGAUAACAUCUUGAUUGAUAUUAGAGGUCAUGUCAAGUUGAGUGAUUUCGGGUUGUCGACGGGAUUCCACAAAACUCAUGACCUGAACUACUAUAAGAAGUUGUUGGAGAAGGAACCAACUCCCGCCACCAACGGCCAUGGCAGCACCAAGGGCCGCAACUCGAUGAUGAUUGAUGCCAUCCACUUGACAAUGUCCAACCGACAACAAAUGCAGACCUGGAGAAAGAGUCGUCGGUUGAUGGCGUACUCCACCGUGGGAACCCCCGACUACAUUGCCCCUGAGAUCUUUAUCCACGAAGGAUAUGGUCAGGAGUGUGACUGGUGGUCGUUGGGAGCCAUAAUGUUUGAGUGUCUUAUAGGUUGGCCUCCUUUCUGCUCUGAAACCCCCCAUGAGACGUAUCGCAAGAUCUUGAACUGGCCCGAGUCUCUUCAGAUUCCUGAAGAUAUUCAUUUGCUGCCAGAGCUGGAGGACUUGAUUCGAAAGUUGUUGACAGGGGCGGAAACUCGGUUGGGCCGUUAUGGUGGUGCUGAUGAGAUCAAGAAGCAUCCGUUCUUCAGGGGUGUUGACUGGGAGCUGAUCCGGAGGGUUGAUGCUCCGUUUAUUCCCAAGCUAAGGUCUAUCACUGACACACGGUUCUUCCCUACUGACGAAUUGGUGAAUGUUCCUGACAGUCCUGCCUUGAGCAAGGCCAUGGAACAACAGAAUAACGGGAAACAGGCGGCCAAUAUCAAGGAGGACUUGCCGUUUAUCGGGUACACUUAUUCGAGAUUCGACUACCUCACACGGAAGAAUGCGUUGUAGUAGAGAACUUUGCUAGUCGAAUAUAUGAGUUAGGACCAACGAGAGUGAUGCUAUUUAUUGACUUGGGAUGGCAGAACUGCAUUCACACACUUGGGUGUAAAGGUCAGUUCUCACCAUUCCAACCACCAGGUAAAAAUAGCAGAGCACUUGAAAUGGGACUACUAAGUUUGCCUUGAAAAAGGUAUUACUAAGUUCGCCAUUGUAUUGAAACAAAAACAGCAGAUCUUGUCACUUGAAAGGGAUAUACAAUCUGGUCUCGACCAUUAGAGAGUAUGCUUGGGAUAAAAUUAGCUGAAACGGAUUAUAAAUAACUGAGUCUCGACCACUAGAGAGAAAUAACAUCUGCAGAUCUUGACCUGAAAUGGAGAUAGAAAUCACCGAAUCUCAAACCCUUGCAGAAGUAUACCUUGGCAAAAAUCAGUUGAAUCUUCUCUUCCGCCUUUACGCUUCAAAAAAUCUUGAUCCUUCACUUAAAGUUGUCGAACUGAGAUAAAAAUGACUAAGCAGAGGAUGGUAUGCUUGAGUGAAACUAGACCUCGUCUGUUCAAAGGAUCAGUUGGUGAUUCAUUGAUGCUCAUGUGAGGCAAUGCACCAUUUGGGAUUUGCUGUGCGUAUGGUGUAUAAGAUAAGAGACGGAAUAUUACAAGCCACUCAUCUGAAUUGUGGAGUUAUUUUUGAUAUUUACAUUAUUUAAUUUCUGCUAAUUAGGGGUAGCUUUAGCUUUGCUAUCUCAAUAAAUUAUUUAUAGCCUUGAAUAGGUGUAGGUCGUUUGCUUUUGGCUUGGAUCGGUCAGUAAUAAAUGGGCAUUCUUACUAUGGUUAAAUCCAACCAUCUAAAUUUAACCAAUUCUAAAAAUAAU